AGCAAUAGCAGAGUAGCGAUCUCAUCCAAGUCUUCUUCUCCACUCCAGCCUCCAAGCAAAUCCAAAACGGCACAGUCAGACUCUCCAGAGUCCAACCCGGACCCUCCGACGCUGGCCAACGGCUUCAGUGCAGAAUCUCUUCACUUCAGAUCAGUGGUCACGUCAUGCAUGAUGAAGAGCCAGCUGGAGCAGUGCCUGGCACACCAGUGAACCACUCUUUCUUCCAGUUAAGAAUAACGGGUUAUACAGCAUCUUCAGAAGAGGUGGGAACUAGUUAUUUGACAGAUAUGUUCCGAUCGAUGUGCAAUGAUAAUUCUUGCGUAGGGCCAUGGGGUGUCACCAUUGGAUCUAGUAAAGGUUGUGAAGUCUAUCUGCCCCAGCUAACUCAAGUGCAGCCCAAACAUGCCCGCAUCGAGUGGAGGUCUUCUAAUCCUAAUCCAACAAGUACACCGCCUUCGGCUGACGGCGGCCGGGCUCGGCUGACGUUGCAGGAUCUCAGUGGUGGAGGACGCUUUUGGAUAAGCUGCCAGCCUGAAUGUUCUCAGUCUGUAAAGAUGAUUGUCUGGUGUGAUGUGACUAAGAGGCAGAGAGCAGAACCACUAAGAGAGCCUGUUGAGCUAUGCUGGGGAGUCAAGUUCGGCGUGGGAAACGUAUUGUUUCAAGUUUUUGAAUUUUCACCGCUUGAGCUGGCCAGAAAAUGUUUGUUUGGCGCCGUACGUAACAACGACGUGGCCGUCUUGUCGGCUAUGCUGGAUGCAGCCAAGGAGCCCAAUGGUCUUGAAGGUGCGGGCUCGUCAUGUCCAUUGGCAUUGCUGCAAGAAACGUCCGCCGAGUCCCCCGCUCGGCGUCUUGACCUGGACAUCAGGGAGAUGCAGCGAUGCCCGUCAUUCGUGGAAGAUGACGGCGAGUCAGCAUGGCAACAGCAACAGUAUGGUAACCUGUUUCCACGCGGACUGUUGAAGCGCAAUAGGCCGUUGGACCAACAUGCCGAGAAUAGACUUGCGAGGGAGUAUCUCAUGGCUCGGGAAUGCACUCUACUUGGAUUGCUGGAAAUUGCUGUAGGCCAGUCCAAUUUGGAGAUUGUUUCUCUACUGCUGUCGGAGGGGAUAAAGAUGUGUGGUUCACCUCUAAGGACUGCGGUGCGGCACGACUGCGUGGCAAUUGCCCAACUGCUGUUGAAGAAUGGAGCAAGGACUGUGGACACGUGCUCACCCGAAUACGCCAAGUCGCACAAGAUGAGGCAGCUUCUUCUGAAUGUACCUCUGCUAUGCUCUGCUGCCGAGGUCGGUGAUGUAGACGAGGUCCGCCGCCUUCUGGCCUGCAACACGCCGCCCAAUGGCAUUGGACUUGGGAAUAAGAACUCACUGCACUUUGCGUGUAUGUCUGGUCAUGCAGAAGUGGUAAAGUUACUACUCGAUGCUGGUGCCACUGCUAACAUCAAGGGUGGGUCACAGCAACGAACUGCCUUGCACUAUGCUGCCCUUUCCGGCUGUGUUGAAGUUGCUCAGUGCCUGCUCGAAGCCGGUGCCAAAGAAGACAUACGCGAUUCGCUUGGUUUCACUGCGCUAAACCUGAGCGACACUGCCGAGAUGUGCAACUUGCUGAAGAACGCGCAAUCACCAUCAUUGUGCAUUGCAGCCCAGGGUGGCGAUAUCGCCAUGGCGCGGCAACUCCUGGAGGACGACGGUCUCCGUAGCGACGAGAAGCUGGUCUUAAUAAACCAGCGCAACGAGAAGAACCACGCUGCCAUUCAUCUGGCCUGUGUGGCCGGUAACAUUGAGUUCAUACAGCUGCUAUUGCUGCAUGGUACCAACGACUUUUGCGUGAACAUGCCUGGUGGUUCCGGCGAGUGGACGCCGCUGAUGUUUGCCAGUGUUGCAGGUAAAGCCGCCACGGUGGAGUAUUUGCUGUCCGUUGGAGUGAACGUGCCGACACAAGAAGAUGAGCGUGGCUCGCCGCCUUUCUCAUCCACAAUCUGCACUGCUCAAGAUCUCAUCACUAAAGCACUGAAGAGUGUUCAGCAGGAGAAUAAUUCAUUGCAGGAUACGUGUAAGUGCUUUCACAUGUCUUCGACUCCGGUGUCGAAAUCUUGCUUUGAAUCUUCAACUGGUACGGUGCUCUCCGCUCCGCUCAUCGCACAUCCGACGGGUGCCUGGGGUGAGGCUGAACAGCGUCGGUGGCUUGUGCGGCGGCGUGUGCAGCUCGAAGCCGUCCUCGACGUGUUGCAGAGAGGAUCACGCCAGCUGCAGGAAGCACUGAAUCAGAAGGACUUGGAAACUGCAAGAUCUUUACUCGAGAACGGAGUGGUGUCAGCACAAUGCGCAUUCUCUAAACCUAAGAAGGAAUCUGCUCUCUGGUAUGCAUGCCAUCAGGGUCUCACAGAGUUUGCAGAACUGUUACUGGAUCAUGGAGCACUCCUUGCAGGCACUGGUGACUAUGAGGGUGGCUAUAAUACGUCGGCACAUGUAGCAUGCAACGAAGGCCACGUGGAAACUCUGCGGCUGCUACUCGACAGAGGGCAGGACGUGAAUUCCAGAUUAAACGUCAGCACUGGUUUUAAUACGUUACUGCACACCGCCACCCUAGCCGGCCACGCCGCCAUCGUGCAGCUACUCCUUGACAGAGGAGCCGACCGGGAGCUGCACGACAACGCCGGGAAUAAGCCGUACGACCUUUGCACACGGGCUGAUGUCCGGCGAUUGCUUGCUCAGGGACCGCAGAGUCUGGUAUUAGAGGUGUGCGCUGGCUCCGUCGAUGGUGUCCGUAGGCGUCUGGAUAGCGGGGGUGGCGUGUCCCGAGAGGACCUGGUGAAGUUGUGCGAGAACCAGGCGCAGGGCAUGAACCCGGUACACGUAGCCAUUCAAAACGAUCACCUAGACGUGUUGCGGGUGCUAGUGGACGCUGGCUGCGACGUCAACGCCAAGGCUGGCCCAGAACGCGAGACUCCACUACACUUGGCGUCGCGCAAAGGCCUGCAAGAGAUAGUGCGCUAUCUGCUGGAGCACGGUGCUACUGUCCACCUACUUAACUCCCAUGGCAAGACCGCGCUUGAAGUAGCCGAUGGAAAUCCAAUUCGAAGGAUACUUGUUGAGCAGCAUACCCUCCAGAUUGAGGACUUACCAGACUUCACCGACGACAUUCCUGAUGAUAAUAGAUGUCGGGUGUGCAUGGCCAAACCUGUUAACACCAUCCUUCUUCCUUGCGGCCAUAAGGCAUUCUGCUUUGACUGUGCCGGACGACUAGAGACGUGUGCGCUAGACCGGAAGCCGAUCAACCGGAUCAUCAGAAUAGACACCUAGCCGCCGCACCCCCCCCCCCCCCCCACACACACAGACAGACUCCCCUCCUUAGUACCACUUCAUUUUUAGGCAAUUCCAACAUGUCUCAUCUCGAAAUCAGUUACAACAUUAAAAACUACAACCACAAUUAUUUUUUUGAAACCUGCUUUGUCACCUUAGACAUAGGGCUGAACGUUGCAUUUUAUUUCUCUGUUCGUCCUCGCUUGUCCAGGCUUUGACGGAGUGAAAUUUGUGUCACAAAGCCCUUUGGCCGAAAUAGUAAGCUGAGAGAUGUGCCCAAAUUGAUUUUUUAAUAGAAAUCUUUUGGAUUUCAUAGGAAGUUGUGGCACUUCUUGGUGGCACUUCUUUGUGCUCCACUUGUUGUUGUUACUGUUGUAGUCGUUGUCACCGUCAUCGUCGUUGGUGGUAGUGGUGUUGUCGUCGCCAUCAUUGUCGUUGUUGUUGUUGUUGUUGUUGUUGUUGUUGUUGUUGUUGUUGUUGUUGUUGUUGUUGUUGUUGUUGUUGUUGUUGUUGUUGUUGUUGUCGUUUUUGAAGCUCUCUUCGAAAUAGAAUGCAACAUGGAAACUUGAGUCCAUUCACCAUCAUCGUCGUUGGUGGUAGUGGUGUUGUCGUUGCCGUCAUUGUCGUUGUUGUUGUCGUUUUUGAAGCCCUCUUCGAAAUAGAAUGCAACAUGGAAACUUGA